AUGGCAUUCAUCAAAUUCAUAAAACAUCAUAGCACCAAGAAAUCCCAAAACACUAGACUGCCUCCUGGUCCUACACCUUGGCCCAUCGUUGGAAAUCUUCCUGAAAUGCUUCUAAAAAAGUCAACAUUCAGAUGGAUACAAAAGCUGAUGAAUGAUCUAAACACUGAAAUUGCAUGCAUCCGUCUAGGUAAUGUUCAUGUCAUCCCUGUGACAAGCCCUGAAAUUGCACGUGAAUUCUUGAUCAAACAUGAUGCUGUUCUUGCUUCAAGACCUUUGAACUGGUCCAGUGAGCAUGUCUCAAGUGGAUAUUUGACCACAGCUCUCGUACCCUUUGGAGAACAAUGGAAGAAAAUGAAGAAAGUUCUUAGCAAUGGUUUGCUUUCACCACUCAGACAUCAAUGGCUUCAUGACAAACGGGUGGAGGAAGCUGAUAACCUUGUUCGUUAUGUGUACAACCAAUGCAAAAAUGGUGGACUCGUGAAUGUUAAGGUUGCUGCACAUCAUUAUUCUGGGAACGUGAUUAGGAGGUUGGUUUUCAACAGAAGGUACUUUGGAAAGGGUAACGAAGAUGGAGGACCUGGCUUUGAGGAAGUGGAGCAUGUACAAGCACUUUUUACUGUGUUAAGGAACCUCUUUGCUUUUUCUGUUUCUGAUUAUGUGCCAUGUUUGAGAGGACUUGACUUGGAUGGUAGUGAGAAAAACAUGAAGAGUGCUGUUAUGAUAGUAAAGAAAUAUCAUGAUUCUAUCAUUGAGGAAAGAAUUCAGCAAUGGAAGAAUGGGGAAAAGAAAGAUGAAGAAGACUUGCUUGAUGUUCUCAUCUCACUGAAAGAUGCUGAUAACAAUGCACUGUUGACAGAGGAGGAAAUUAAAUCUCAAAUUAUGGAAAUGAUGAUUGCAUCGGUGGAUAAUCCAUCGAAUACAAUUGAAUGGGGACUUGCAGAAAUGAUAAAUCAGCCAGAGUUACUUCGAAAGGCAACUGAAGAAUUGGACAAUGUGGUUGGAAAGAAAAGGAUAGUGCAAGAAUCAGAUUUUCCCAAGCUAAACUAUAUAAAGGCUUGUGCAAGAGAAGCUUUUCGCCUUCACCCCAUUGUGGAUUUUAACAUUCCCCAUGUCUCAAUGGCUGACACAGUUGUUGCUAAUUUUUUCAUCCCAAAGGGUAGCCAUGUGUUGUUAAGGAGACAAGGACUUGGCCAAAACCCAAGAGUUUGGAAAGAACCCUUCAAAUUCAAACCAGAACGUCAUCUAAAAAGAGAUGGGUCUGACUUGGUUUUAACAGAGCCAAGCUUGGAAUUGGUAACAUUUAGCAUUGGAAGGCGUAGCUGUCCAGCGCUCAUGCUUGGAACUUCAAUGACUAUUACGCUAUUUGCAAGGUUGCUACAUUGCUUCACUUGGAGUGUGCCACCCAAUGAGGAUAGCAUCGACCUCUCUGAAUCUGAAGGGGAUACCACCAAAGCUAAGCCACUAGUAGCAUUUGCAAAGCCAAGGUUGCCAGCGGAAGUUUAUGAUCACUUAUAUUAA